GCCGUUAGAAGAAUGACAGGCAACUCUUGGCCCGCACUCGAGUUCGAUCGCGCAUCUUUUCCCCAGCAACUGGAGCGUAUGCGAAGAACCAGCCACUAGUGUUUUAUGAUUGUGUGGAAAUGGAAGAGCCCACAGCCUUGCCAGGUCAGACUCAGUCUUGGAGACAAUGGUGGCCUCCCAAGAAUAUAGGAGUCAGUUCAGCAGAGCUGAAGGAAAAGCCAUGGAUAGGUUGGAAACCUGAUCUAGCGGACCCCACGGCGAAACCCUGGCUCAAAUGGGCUCCACGAGACCUCCAUGUGUACCAUCACGCUUUUAACUCCCUUGACGCCGGUGGAGACGGUCCACAAAAACCCCUUGGUCCCGAUGGCGCCCCCGCAAGUUCAAACGCGGAAGGAGGUUAGAAUGCAAGAAGGAGGAGUACGAAUUGGAAGGCAUGGUUCAACAGAUUACGAUCUACAUCUCUCUUAUGUGGUCGUUCAUGAUCAGAGACAAUUGGAAUGUUUGAAG